AUGCCGUUCAAACCAGUUCAGCAAUUCAAGCAUAUUGGUAUUGUCGGUGCCGGAAGUAUGGGAUCGAUGAUGACCUUCGCCUUUUGCGACCUUGGUCUUGAUGUCUCAACCUGGGACGUGGAAAAAUCAAAUGUCGACAAAGUCACGAACUGGGCAAAGAACUACAAAAACGCCAAAGGAAACAUUCACGGAUUCUACAACAUCGACGAUUUCACCAAGAGCCUCGAAGGCAAGGGUGGAAGAAAGCUUUUUAUUUUCUCCGUCACUCACGGAGACCCCGCGGAUUCCGUCUUGGGCAUGAUGAAGCACAGCCUCAAGAAAGGCGAUAUCAUUCUUGAUGGUGGUAACGAGAAUUAUCGCAAGACCGAGCGACGCCAGAAAGAAUGCGAGAAAAUCGGCGUCAGUUGGAUCGGAAUGGGUGUUUCUGGUGGUUACCAGUCUGCUCGACGCGGACCUAGUCUCUCACCCAGUGGAGAUGCCGAGGCACUGAAGGUCGUCAUGCCUUUGCUGGAACAAUACGCUGCAAAGGAUCCCAAGACGAACACGCCAUGUGUGACUCGCAUCGGACCCGGAGGAUCGGGUCACUUUGUCAAAAUGGUUCACAAUGGCAUCGAAGGCGGCAUGCUGUCUGCUCUUGCGGAAGCAUGGGCCUUUAUGACAUUCGGACUGGGGAUGAAGUAUGAAGAUAUCGGCGAUGUCUUCUCUAGUUGGAAUGAAACUGGCGAACUGCGCCAAAACUUCUUGCUGGGAAUUGGGGCGGAUAUCCUCCGGACCAAGAGGACCCCACAAGGCGACCAAAAUGGCGAGGGGGCUGGUAAAGACGGAUAUGUCCUGGACGAUGUUCUUGAUAAGGUUGUACAGGAUGAUGACAACACAGAAGGAACACCUCUCUGGUGUGUUAUGGAGUCGGCAGCUCGUCAUAUCUCUUGUCCUACACUGGGCGCUGCGCAUUACAUGCGUAUUGCGAGUGGAAACCGAGCUGAGCGCGCUCAUACCUCGAAAAAGCUACAUAUGCCUUCGCCCCGACCAAUUGAACACAAGCGUGAUCGUAAGACUGUACUUGAACAGCUUCGUCGUGCUGUAUACUGCUCAUUCCUGUCAUCCUUUGUCCAGGGUCUUGAAUUGAUCGCUCGCGCAUCCGAGGACGAAGGUUGGAACAUCAACAUGGGCGACUGUGUCCAGAUUUGGCGUGCUGGUUGUAUCAUCCAGUCCGAAUAUAUUGCGGACCUCUUGCAGCCAGCACUGACUCAGAAACUGGUGACAAAUAUGAAGUUUGUCGAUGAAGUGUCGAGUGAGCUGCAUCGGAACUUCGAUGAUCUGAAGGCCAUUAUCAUCGAGGGUACUCAGUUUGAUCAGUAUAUGCCGGCAUUGUCGGCAACACUGGAAUACCUCAAAUAUGAGGGAGGACUUGAGCUACCUACCAAGUUUAUGGAGGCUCAGAUGGAUUACUUCGGUGCCCACUGUUAUAACAAGCCUGGAAUUGCGGGUGAAGAUCCUGGUCCGGUUAUGAAAGGCCCACACCACUACGAGUGGAAAGUUGCUUAG